AUGCACCCAUUCAAAGGAGAGAGGUUUGAGAGUAUUGAACAGUUCAAGGAUUCAAUAGUUAAGUAUGCAUUGGCAAAUGGGUAUCCAUUGUAUUAUGAAGAAAGUAAAAAGACACAUGUGCUUGUUAGAUGUGGGAUCAGAAAUGCUACAGAGAAGGGGAUUGUGGUUAAAAAUCCAUGUCCUUUUAGAUUGUGGGCAUCAUGGAUUCAUGGCUGGAUUGCAAGACAAUUUGGUGAUAAGAUUAGGAUGAGAAAGAAGAUAACUCUUGUAGAAUUGAAACAUAUGGUGAUGAAGAAGUACAAUGUAAGGGUGACAAAUAGUCAAUGCAGUAGAGCAAGGGCAAAAGCAAUAUAUGAGAUGACAACUAUUCUCAAUAACCAUUAUGCCAGGAUAUGGGACUAUGUAGAGGCAAUCAGGGUUACAAAUCCAGGAAGCAUAGUUGAGGGUGAGUUGUUGUCAGCAGUUGGUAGAAAGGCAAAUAACCAAGUAUUUCCAAUUGCAUGGGCUUUAGUGGAUGUCGAGACAACACAAAACUGGUUAUGGUUCACAAGAUUGAUACAAAAUGACCUUGGAUUAGAAAAUGGUCAUGGGAUUGCUAUAAAUCCUGAUCAACAUAAGGGUUUGAUUGAGGCAGUUACUCAGGUCCUACCAAGUUGUGAACAUAGACAAUGUGCUAGGCAUGUGUAUGCAAACUUUAGUAAAAGAUGGGCAGGGAUGUAUUUCAAGAACUACUUUUGGCAGGCUGCAAAGUCUAGUUAUCCAGAACACUUUUUUUACAUUUUGGAUAAAAUCAGACAAGGAAAUGAAGAAGCAUUCAAUUAUUUGCUUAAUAAACAACCAUACACCUGGACAAGAGCAUUUUAUAAUUCAGGUUUAGAUUGUGAUUCUGUUGAAAAUGGAAUAUGUGAAUGUUGGAAUUCAAUGAUCAAAGAUUUUAGGAAGAUGCCAGUCAUACAUAUGUUUGAAGAGAUAAGAAGGUUAGUGAUGACAAGGCUUAAUGACCAAAGAAUUACAUGGCAGUCAUGGACUGAUGAUAUAUGCCCCAAUGUGAUACUAAAACUGGAAGAAAGCAAAAGAACACACAGGGAUUGGGAAGUGUUCAGUAGUGGCUAUCAAAAGUUUGAAGUAAUAUACUCAAAUGAAAGCUUUGUUGUGAAUUUAGAUACCAAAUUAUGUACUUGUAGAGCAUGGCAGUUAAGUGGGAUCCCAUGUUUACAUGCAGUUAGGGCCAUAUAUGCUCAAUACAGAGAGCCUGAGCCAUUUGUGAGUGACAGUCUAAGAAAAAACAGGUUCUUGUCCACUUAUAUGUAUAAAAUUAGGUCUGUGGGUGGUGAAAUUAUGUGGCCAAGGACAAACAACAUUCCACCAUUGGCACUACCUUUAAGAAGAAUGCCUAGAAGACCAACUGUGAAGAGAAACAAAGCAAGCAAUGAGGAUGGACCUAUUAUGUCAAGUAAGUUAAAAAAGUAUGGAAGGUGUUGUCAAUAUGGUCAUAACACAAGGAGUUGUACAAAUACCCCAUUCCCAAAAGAACUUGAGAUAUCAAAACAGAAAGGAAGGCCAAGUCAAGGUGGUGGUGGUGGCAGAGGUGGUGGUAGCAGGGGUGAUGGUCCAAGUCAAGGUGGUGGCAGAGGUGGUGGUGGCAGAGGUGGUGGCGGCAGAGGUCGUGGUGGCGGCAGAGGUCGUGGUGGCAGAAGUGGUGUUGGCAGAGGUGGUGGUAGAAGUCAAAGUGCUGGCAAAAGUGAAAGUCAACCUGUACAACAUUCUGCACCUGUUACAGUUGGGGUUGAAGAACAAAAUGUUAGGGUUGAAGAACAUGUUACAAAUCUCAAUGAUGAUGAACCUAUUCAACAAUCUGCACCUGCUGCAACUGCUCAAAGGAAAAAGCUGACACCCAAAAGGAAACCAUUUGUUCCUCCAAGAAAAAAAUCUGAAAGGAUUAUUAACAAGAAGCUUGGCACCAAUGUGAUAACCAAAGAUGGGGUUGGCAGUAAUGGUGACAAACCAUUAACUAUAGACUAG